AUGCCCUGUCGACAACUCAAUGCAACAAAGACAGUUGGCCCUGAUAUUUCGGGUAUGAGUAAGGAAAAGGUAAUGGAGAUGAUGCGAAAAUCAUGGGAGAAGUUAUAUUUAACGGACAAAGAAUUACAAGAUACCAAACAAAUCCUAACUGAAACAAAAAGGUCUAACGAAAAUUUAAAGCUCCUCAAUCAUACUUUGGCCGAUCAGUUGAAAGAAGCAAGAGAUGACAUUCAGAGAUAUAAAAGCGAUUUAGGUAUUGAAUACAUAGUUGAAACUAUGAAGGACUUAAAGAGAGAGAUCAAUACUCUUAAGGAAGAGAAUAGGGAUCUAAAAAGAGAAAUCAAUACUCUUAAGGAAGAGAAUAGGGAUUUAAAAAGAGAAAUUGUUGCUCUUCAGGAAGAGAAUAGAGAUCUAAAAAGCGAGAACAUGGAUCUAAAGAGGGAAAUCAAUACUCUUAAGGAAAACAGUGAAGUUAUUGAACGAGAGAAUAAGGAUUUUAGAUCAGAAAUCCAAACUCUGAAAGAAUGGCUUGGCGCAGUAGAAUCAGAUAUGUUUUUAAUGAAACAUGUGAACGUGUUUAAGGACAUCUUUAUCCGAAUUUCAGAUUGGUAUCUAAAAGCAGCGGCGGGUGAAGAAACAAAAAAGAACUUAUCGCAAAAAGAAUGGCAGCAAAUAAUUCCACUUUACAUCGAAGAUGUAACAACAAUUAUUCAGAUUUCCGUGAGCAAAAAGGAUCUUCAAGAAGUUUGGGAUUGGUAUCUGCAAAAUAAGGACAAAAGAAACAUAUUUGCCCAUCAUAAGCUUCAAUUGCAUGAGAGUAAUGGGUUAAGUAAUACUAUGCAGCGUCUUGUUGCAUGGUAUUACCAAUAA